AUCGUCAUGUUUACAUUUCAAAGCCAAUCCUCUUUUGCUCUGGGGAUUUUGUGCACUUAUAAGUAGCGUAUUAUGACUGCGUAAAUAGUGAUCAACACGAACAAUUAGAUACAUUUCUGAUAAAGUUACUUUUUUGUUUAAAGUUAAAAACUUUUGGUUAAUGUAGAAAUACCGUUAGGACUGUGAUAAUGGAUCUCUUAAAUCUAAUUAAAAAGAAAUCAUCUCCUCUUAAAAAGUUAGAAAUAGCAAUCACGGAGAAUAAUGUCAAGGAAUUGAAAGAAGUCCUCGAAAGUGGCGUGGAUCCAAACGCUGAAAUACAAACACAGGGAGGAAACUGUGCUCUACAUAUAGCUGCUCACAAUGGCUACUUUCUUUGCGUGGAGACAUUAUUAAAAUACCAUGCAGAUCCCGAGAAGACUAAUCAUUUCAACCUGACACCUCUUUACAUUGCUCUCAGAAGAAAUCAGGCCAGGUGUGCUGAAAUUCUCUUACGAAUCAACAAAGUGAUGAUGAGCAUUGACCCAGUAUGGAUGCAAAUGAACAAUGCAGUUAAUGUUUGGAACGGUUCAAAUGAUACAAUGAUUUCUGUGUUAAUAAAAGCAACUCCAGAUUUAGAAAGAUGUAGGAGCAACUUGAAAAGUAAUUUGCUUUACUUGUGUAAAGCCAAAAAUAUGUAUGGAAGUUUACACACCAUGGCUAUAAGUGGUUUCCGGUUCAGCAAGGAAGAGAAACAAUAUUUUUUGAACUCACCUCUUGAAAGUGACAAAGAAUUUCAUGCCUGGUUGAAUAACUUUUGUAAACAACCUCAGCGACUUAUGCAUUAUUGUAGAUUAAAGAUUCGACGUAGCUUUCUUGGAAAUUGCAAUGUUUAUUAUGGAGCUGAGAUAUUACCUGUCCCAAAACUUUUAAAAGAUUACAUCAUCAUCAAGGAUAUUAAUGAAGUUGAUAUGUAAAAUUAAUUAAACUUGACUUGCACCUGUAAGAUCCACUGGUAAUCUUGUCUGUAAUGUCAUAUAAUUGAUGAAUCUAGUGGUGAGCACCCAGCAAAUAUCUCAUGUAUUAUAUAUCAAUAUGCUGUCACACAAGUUCAUGCAAAGCACAUUCAAGCAAGAUUGGAUUCUGUACACUUCGAAUAAAUUUUUUUCUGAUAAAUCUACAGUGUUUUAUGUCUCAUAAAACCAGAAUUUAAGAAAUAUUGAUAGCUUAAUACUUCAGUUUUUGUGAUGAAAAUCUAAACCCAGGUUUUUUCUUUCAUAUUUUAUAUAAUGUACAAGUAAAGAGCAUUGUAUCAUUUUAUAACUGUUUUAUUUUGAUACAUAUCAAGUUGUAGAUAUUAAUUUAUAACCAAUAAACUUGUAAUUUUAGUUACAUAUUUAUGUAGUGGUUAAAUUUGAAGCUGGAUGAGAAUUUUAUGUACAUGUAUCAUUCAAUUUAUAAUUUUGCCAAUUAAAAAAAACUGUUGAAAAACUGUCCCUCUAUUGUAGUUCCACUGUAGUCUAAGGGGCCA